UCCUUAUUGAUAACUUAAUAAAAAAAAGUUUUUUAAAAUGCCAACCAACAACAGGGGUGGCCAGCCACCAUCCGAUGACGAUGAUGACUUUUUCAAGCCAACUCCCAACUCAACUCUGGCGAAAAUAUUUGGCAUUGCAAAGGGGAAGACUGCUUCUACGAGGAAUUCGCCGGAAAUCGUAUCUAGCGCUACCAAACCCACGGCGAGCAAAGUCUCGGAUCGCUAUGGGGCGUCAUCAUUUCGAUAUGUUCCACCGCAGGAGGUGGUAGAAACCCACUCAGAUGGAGAAACAUCGGCAAAUAAAUCCUCUGCAGAGUGGAGUCUGGUUCAAGCUUGUGUAGUUACCGCCUACAAACUUGUUAAUAACACGAAUACAACGCAGGGGAAGCUGGGUUUAGCUUUGCUCAAUUCCGGUUCUGAAUUCAGAAUUUUGAUUUAUCGAACGAAAACGGACGCUGUUGCAACUUUGAAUCUAGCUUCCUCCAGUAAGCUUUUUCUCAAAAAUGAAUACCUGCAAUUUCGAAGCGACGACGAAAGUUUCUGGAGCGUAUUGUUUGAAAAUCCUGCUGAACGGGAUCGUUUACUGAGAACAAUUAAAGAUGUAUGCACUAUAGAAAAAGAACAACAGCAUCGAGUUCCUCCGGUACCUGCUUCACGGACCAUUCCGAUCGUAGAGGAACCAGACUCGGACAUAGAGCAAAGCAAAGCUAGUCUCAUCUCUAGAAUGGCUCGAGUUGGUCAGUCAAUUUUACCACAGGAUAAGCCUCUAUCAACGACGGAAGUGAGCGAUUCCUCCGAUACGGAUGCACGCUUCGAAACUAUUCCCCGUUCAAACAUUCCCCCUCAUCGACGAGCUGCAAGCGGAGGUAGCGGAAAAAUUCAACCCGUAUCGAUGGGAAUGCAAAUGGUUCCUUCUGCUGCGAAUGCCCUGACGACGGCCAUUGCCGGACAAAACAUGCUACACACGGCUACCGAUGUAAACUUUAAUUUGUUCAUGACCGAGAAUCGAAUGCAAGGUACCGAGGUACGUAUGAAUCUGUCCAAAUUGGAAUCCAAACUGGAUCGGGUGUUGGACAAAAUCGAUUGCAUAAACUUGAAUAGCGGUGGGGGCUCGGCUGAGAAAUCCGCGAUUGAUAAGGAUGAGGACAUUUUGGCACUGGAGGAGAAAAUAUUUGAGCUCAAGAAGGAAAAUCAUGCUUUAAAAGGAAAGCUGCGAACUAUGGAAGCGGAAACUAGUUUUAGGAAGAAUGAUGCAGUUCUAAGGCAACAAUUAACUGAAUCGGAAAAGUGUUGCAAAGAAUUCGAGGAAAAAGUAGCCGCACUUCAGGAAGAUUUAGUAGCGAAUCGUUAUAGAAGUGAUUUAGAUCUUAAAGAAAUUGAAAGAAUAAAAGGAGAAUUUGAUACAAAGAAUCAAUUGAUAGCGGAAAAAGCCAAAGAAAUCUCUCUACUGACUAACCAAAUAGGGGAAGCCCAAAAGAGAGAGACAUUAUCGAAUGAGAAAAAUUCACUAUUGAUGAAGCAAAUAGAGGAAUUGCAAAAUACAGCAAAGAACAUGGAAGAACUUAAAAGUUUACAACCGAAAGCUACCAGCUCCGAGUCGUUGGAUGAUCUUGUAAAAGCCAUUAUGAAUAGCUGCUUCCAGCGAAUGUCCGAGCAGAUAGACGAUGCUAGGACAUUGAAAAUUAUAGGCAACGCUAUUAAGCAGGAAACGAAAGCCGCCUUGGCUCGACGGCAAACGAAAUAAAAUGUGAAAAAGUUGUUAAAGUUUAACACUA